AAAGUAAUAUCGUUUUGCUAUCUAGUUGAGUACUCUAGCGUUCGUCGUUACAACGUCUGAGAGAUAAAAUACAAAUUUAACAUUUAAUGCUAACUAAUCACACUGACCAUUUCACGCAGCAGCAUUUUUCAAUGAGUAAAAACAGGGCCUCUCUCUCCCAUUCAUUUGUCAGUAUGGAUGUGAUAAAGAUAAUCGCUCUCUUUACUGCCUCAGGGGCUUGAGUUAUUGAUAGCUACAUAAAAUUUAGCCUCUAAAACAAUGCAAUGUAGCUAAUGUCCACACGAAUUAAGGGUUAAUAUUAUUUAUAAGGUGAUUGCAGUUACCGUAGGACAAAAUUAGCUUCGUUAUGACCCAUCUAAAUUAUCAAUCAUCACUUGGUACUGACAACUAUCUGCCAGAUUUGUUCACGUACCUUUUGUAUCGAGUACGACUGGUGGUUGCCUGAGGAGUGUUGAACCGAAAAAUGGUUGACUACUAUCGAAUACUUGAUGUUUCGCGGAAUGCUACGGGAGUGGACAUAAAAAAAGCAUACAGAAAGCUCGCACUCAAAUGGCAUCCGGACAAGAACCCAGACAAUUUAGACGAAGCUAACAGAAUGUUCAAGGAAAUAUCCGAAGCCUACGAAGUUUUGAUCGACGAUGCUAAAAGAAGAACUUACGACCAACGAUUGUAUCAGAAGGCGUCGUCAAGACCAGGCCGUGGAUUCACCUUCCGGAGUUUCUUUGAUUCUCCCUUCCAGCGAUAUUUUGACAAAAAAAGGCGCGUCUAUGACCAGUAUGGAAAGGAAGGACUCCACAUGCCUCCAGGCAGUAAAAGACGGCACGAAGACGAAUUCGAUCGACAAUUUGGUGGUCCGUUUGUGUUCAGAGAUCCAGAAGAUGUAUUCAGAGAAUUUUUCGGUGGCACACCUUUCGAGGAUCUGUUCGCUGGUUUUCACGGCGGCGGCACUCGUCGUGGGCUAAACCGACACAGUCACCCGAGCAACAACAGUUUAAGCGCCCCAAUUUUCGGUCCAUUGGGUCUGAGUUUUGGUCCACAGUUACACGACAUGCUCGGUUCCAGAGACGGCAGUUUUACUUCGUUUAGUAGUUUCAAUAGUAACUUUGGCGGACCCAGUGGUGGAACAGCUGUCAAGCGAACGAGCACGUCUACGAGGUUCCUAAAUGGAAAAAAGAUAACUACGAAAAAAAUAUUCGAGAAUGGGAGAGAAACGAUCAUGUCCUAUGAGAACGAUGUUCUGAAGUCGAAAACGGUCAACGGCGUACCACAGUCUAUAACGUACGAUGCUCCUUCUACGAGUCGCCAUCAGAUCCAUGAAGAAUCGAACGGUCUGAAAUCGAAUAUAAAUCAGGAUUCUUCAAAGAAUUAUUCGACCGAUACGAAAAGCAAGAAAAAACCUUCCGUAUCUGCAAACCUGAAUUAUAGAAGCCAGAAAACUAAAAAGUAAAUCAAUCAAUGACGUAUCAUUAUAGAUUGUUGUUUCUUUUUUCUUUUUUUUUUUGUCGUUCAUUAUACAAAUGUCUCGGUUAUCCACAAAAAUUGCCUGCAUGUCCAAAGAAAAAGAGAAAAACGAACGAAAGAAAAUGAGAAAAAUACCCAAUGUGCGUCGAUGAUCAAAUAUAUUUAUAAUGUUCAAAUGAUGUAAUUUUUUUUUCAUGAUAUUUCACUCAUGACGAAUUUCGCUUAUAAUUAAAUACAUAAAUUAAUUAAAAAUAAUCGAAUGAACGCGGAGUAUCAGGGCAUAAACGAAAAUAAAAACUUCGACUAAAAUUUCUCAAAUGUAUAAUUAAAAUCAUUAAUUUUUGAUGAAAAUCAAACAUAAUAUUGAUAAUAAUAACUAAUGAUAAAGAUUGUAAUAAUUAUUAUAACAUUUAUGAAAUAUGAUUGGAUAAUCGAUAUUUAUUCGAAUGUAUUGUACGCAACUGAUUGGUCUCAUGAGAGAAAAAAAAAUUAGAAAGGAAAUAAGUGCCACAAUUAAUUUUGUUGUAUUAAUUAACGGUUGUUUAAAAUUGUUGGGAAUUCACAAUUAUACGUAAUAUAUGGUAAAUAUAUAAUUGUUAUAAACUGAUUGGAAUAAUAAACGCAAAAGAUGAACGGUCAAUAUAAUAUUCCCAUGCGAAAUUGGAUGAUGGAAAAUACAAUUAAAAAAAAGAAUUUAGUAAAAACGUUGGAGUGAAUCUGACAAAAUGGUGACAAUGCUUGAAAAUAAACGAAUUCCGAUGUAGGAAUGCUGAGGUUUGAAUCAAAUCUAUGAUAAAUAAUGAUUAGGUGAAUGUUUAAAAAAUGAAUAAUUCGAUAAUUUAUUAAUUCGAAUGACCGAAACUGUUAAAAUGAAAUAAAUGAAAUAA